AUGGAUACCGAAAAGAUUGGCGGCUUGACCGCCGUAUCAAGUGGCGAUAAUGCACCAGGAGAAGUGAUCACCACCGGUACACAGAAUCAAACCGUACGCGGUCUCAGUCCUCGCCAUGUUCAACUUAUGGCCAUCGGUGGUUCUAUCGGUACAGGACUUUGGGUCGGUAUUGGCGGUGUUCUAAGCAAAGCUGGCCCACUCUCUCUUAUUCUGGGGUACGCGUUUUGGGGGCUCCUCUUUAUCUGGCCGCUCAACUUGACAGUGGCUGAGAUGUGCGCCUAUCUUCCCAUCCGUGGCUCGAUCUUCGAACUUGCGUCGCGGUUCGUCGACCCAGCUUUGGGUUUUGCCAUGGGAUGGACUUACUUCUUCGCCGGUGUAAUGCUUGUGUGCACGGAAUACUCAGCGGUCGCAACGGUUAUGCAAUACUGGAAUGCCGAUAUCAACCCGGCUGCAUGGAUUGCCAUGGCCAUGGUAGUGUGCUUUCUCCUCAAUGUUGUGGCUGUUAAAUGGUAUGGCGAGUCUGAGUUCAUCAUGGCAUCUACUAAGGUUUUGCUCCUAUUUGGACUCUGCCUUGUCACUUUAAUUACGAUGAGCGGUGGCAAUCCACAGCAUGAAGCCUAUGGGUUCCGAAAUUGGGGCAGCGGCAAUGCAAUGCACGAAUACUACGCCACUGGAGAUACUGGACGAUUCCUUGGGUGGUUCAAAGUUGUCAUCUACGCUGCCUUUACCAUUGCGGGUCCGGACAUGAUUGCACUUGCUGCCGGCGAGAUCCAGAACCCCCGCCGUACGAUUCCCCGCGUCGCCAAGCUCAUCUUCUACCGUCUGGUUGGCUUCUAUGUCAUUGGCGUCUUGUGCGUUGGCAUCAUCUGUUCCUCGCGCGACCCUAUGCUCUUGGGCGCUAUUGAAAACAGCGAGCCUGGCGCAGCUGCAUCUCCAUGGGUUGUCGGUAUCAAGAACCUCGGAAUCACAGCCCUACCCGAUAUUGUCAACGCCCUUAUUAUGAUUUCAGGGUGGUCAUGUGGUAAUGCCUACCUAUACUCAUCUUCACGAACUCUUUACGGUCUUGCAAAGGAUGGUCAAGCCCCGAAAAUAUUCGCCAAGUGCACCAAGGCUGGUGUCCCAAUGAAUGCCGUCGCGGCUGUCUCUCUGAUCUCUUGCAUCACCUUCCUGGUUUCCUCGAACUCCGCCGUUGAGGUUUUCUACUGGUUCGUCGACCUUACUACAACGGCAUUGAUCAUGACAUACACAAUGAUGCUCAUCGCCUUCCUGGGUUUCUACCGUGCCAGAGUCGCUCAAGGACUUGACCCGCGGUCUCUGCCGUACCGUGCACCAUGGGCACCAUGGACGGCUUAUUUUGCCCUGGUUCUUGGAAUCCUAGCGCUGAUCUUUGUUGGCUACAACACAUUCGUGCCUUUUGAUGCUCGUAGUUUCAUUACUGCAUAUUUCGGUCUGUUCUUUGGCAUUUUCAUGUACGUACUCUGGAAAGUCGUCAAGCGUACCAGCAUAGUCAAACCAGCCGAAGCGGAUUUGAUCAGUGGCAAGAAGGAGGUCGACGACGAGUGCAGACAUUGGGAAGAGGGUGGUAUUGAGGAGGUUGAGAAGGAGAGACUGGCUCAGAUGAGCUUUGCUCGACGAUGUUGGGAACGCCUCUGGUAA